AUACUACUUUAGGGCAAAAAGUCAUGGCAAAUAUCCAGCAAAGAACAGAAACAAAUGUGAGUGAGCUCAAGAAAAAUAAACAAAAGAUGGUAAGCAAAAAAGAACCAGCAGGAAAAGCAAAAAGAAUAAAACUCUUUCCAAUUCAGGAACAGAGACAAACAUUAGUAAAAUGGUUUGGUACAACUAGGUGGACCUAUAACCAAGCAUUAUUAGCUGUUGAAAAGGACAGAAUUCCCCGAAACAAGAAAUCCCUAAGAGUUAAGUGUGUAAAUAGUGAACUUUUUCAAAAUGAAAAUAA